UGACGCUUUGUUUGCGGAAGUGUCCAUCACUUCUCCAGCAACGAGUAAACAGACUCAGUGAUACACAGAGCUAAGUUGUAGCUUUGAAUUUUUGCCAUUUCUGUGGUUAAUUGAUAUUGGAUUUAACAGAGGAACCCUUAUCGGAAGCUUUAUACAAGGAGCGCUACAUUGAAAGCUUUCCUUAGGCAAAAUAGUUACAAUGUCAGCUGCACGGUUGGUAACGCUCUGUCUUGGGGUAACAUGCUAAGCUAAGUGCGAAGCUGCAGUAGUAGUGGAAUGGUGGAGCGAAACGGCGCCAGCUUCUCCGGUCAUGGCAGCGGGAGCAACAGCCGCUCAUGGCGGCUCCAUGGAAUCUACCAUAACCAGGAAGUUUCAGAAUAUCACAAACACAAUGGACUCGAUCCAAGGACUGUCAGCGUGGUGCAUAGAAAACAAAAAGUACCACAGCGUGAUCGUGCGACACUGGAUUAAAUGUUUAAGGAAAUCCGAUUCCCCGUACAGACUGAAUUUGUUUUACGUCGCCAACGACAUCAUUCAGAACUGUAAAAGAAAAAACGCCAUCGUAUAUCGCACAGAAUUUGCCGAGGUCCUCCCCGAAGCCUUCGUGUUGGUCAACCAUGAAGGUGACACGAAGGUUAUUAAAUCAGUGGACAGGAUACUGUCCAUCUGGGAGGACAGAGGAGUGUAUACAGGGACACUUAUUGCUGAUCUGAGGGGAAGUUUAAUUAAAGAGGGGUCCCCUCCUGAGACACCAGUGGAGCAAAAAACUCCCCAAGAUUCUAAAGCAGAUCUACAGUCUAAGAUCGUUGCAGAGUUUGUACCUCAGGCACUAAUAGACCAACUGUCCAAGUACAAGAGAUCUCUGGAGGAGCUGGACCUGCGAGAAAAACAGCUGGCAGCAAUGAGGGUUGAUAUCUGCAGCUCUGGUGCCCUCAAGAAACUCAAAGAUAAGGCUGGAGGGAAGAAAUUCUCUAAGGACUUUGAGGAAGCUAAUACACAACUGCACGAUUUUGUCAAGUUUUUUGAUAAACAAAGUCGUACUGGACCGCCUCUUCUUGAGGCUCUCGCUAAUGCAGACAUCUUCUAUGAGAUGCAAUACAAUGAGGUCAAGAUCGUGGCUAAUGCCUACCAGACGUUUGCUAACAGAGUGUCCCACCUCAAACGUAAGCUGGACUCGCUUAAGACCACUUUGCCAGACCUGGAUGAGUCGCCCAUACCUUCGCCGUCUGCAGAUGCUCCUUCUCCCACAGGGUCGGAGUCUCCUUUCCACGGCAUGGAAAUAAGUCACCCUGAUCCCGAUCUGGAUGGCUCCGCCAUGGAUGACGAUUUGGAGCCGCCAGCCCCGAGCCCUCUGUCCUCAGUGGGAGAAUCUCCAUCACAGACGGAGAAUCUAGGAGACAAUGACAAUCGUGAGGUGGAAGACAUGGAGCUCUCCGAGGAAGAGAUGGAAGGUGUUGGCAUCAUAGUGGAGCAGCAGAUGGAACAGCCUGCCAACCCAGAGGAGUCCACUCCAGCGGAAGAAAAUAAGGAGCCAUCGGUAGCAACGGAGCAUCCUGCCACACAGGUCACACCCCCUGCGGCUGCUCCUGCCACCGUUGUGGAAAAUGUUGACCUGGGUAAAAUUGGCUCCAUCCUCAACAGUUUAAGCUCAGUCAUAAAACACUCAGAAAUGUCAAUAGAAAGUCCUCCGGCAUCUGCUCCUGCUGCCACACCUGCUCUCUCCGUCAACUCUCAGGAUGCGUCCUCACUAGUAAACCUUCUUUCUAAGGUGGAUGUGAGUCCUUCAGACCUCCUUAGUGCUUUGUCAAAAGUCCAAAGCCAAAGCAGUUUUGGAGGUGUCACCUCUGUUCAGAGCAAACCUGUCCCAAAUGUGUCCUCAUUCUCAUCCAGUUCAGACAAGAUUAAUCAUGUGUCCAUGUCUGCACCAGCAGUGACCUCUCAGAGUGUCUCCGUCCCCUCUAUUGCUGCAGUGACUUCUUCCCACAGCCCUACUGUGACACCGAGCACAAACUCCCAUGUCCCUCCUCAGACUCCUAACCAAGCCUCUGCCCUGGUUCAGGCUCUUCACAGAGACAUGGAAUUAGCAGCAGAAUCUGAACCGUCCUCAACUUCUCAGAGUUUGGAGUCAAAAAUCCACAACUUCCUUCAGGGAAACCCUGCCUUCAGUGCAUUUGACUUGACUUUUUCUGGUAACCCAGCAGCAGGGGAAAAUAUCAGCCCGGGAACUGGUACAGACACCCAGGAUGGAACUCCAGUGAGGGACGAGGGAGGAAGCACCCCGACUCAAGAUGAGAUUAUGGACAAACCCACAGUGGUCCCCUUCUCUUCCAACACAAAUGCACCGUCUGCCGUAGAUAGUUUUAGAAAGGCUACAGUUUUGUAUCCGAAUAGCACUCAGAUCAACAUCAGCAGUUCCCAAGAGCAGACGCAGAACGGACAGGUUUACCCUCCACACCCGUCAGAGCACAGGAUUUCAACAUGCUACCAACAGUUUUCUGCUCCACCAGGAGGUCCCGUGCCUGGAGAGGCAGCUCCUGGCCCAAAGACAAAUGAAGGAUUCAAAGGGCUGAAUGAAAUGAGUUGGUUUAGUGAAACUUACCCACAGGGGAGCGCUCAGCAACAUAGACCAUACGGUGUGACCGCACCUGGGAGUUCUGGAAGAAAUCAGACAACAGGACUGUAUCAGUUCCAGACAGAACAAAGUCAGCAGCAUCAAGAGUCCCUUCCCCAGCAGAGCACUGCUCAGUCUUCUCGUUUUUUCAGCAACAACCUCCCUCCUGUCCCAAAGUUACCACCUCCUCCUCCAUCACAAGCCUUUGAACCUCCUCCAACAAGGAUUCCUCCAAACAAGCAGAUGAUUAACAGUCCAGGGGAAAUACCUGGCAUGAGAACUGACAGUGCGAUCAGUGGGAUGAUCGUGCACGACCAUCAGCACAAGUCCAUGUACACUCCUGAAGACCCACCAUUCAAUCCUGACCAACAUCACCCUCGUUACCCUGAGAAUUUACACCCUCAACGAGAUGACAUGCAGUAUCACGAUGAGCGCUACAGUCAUGAUCCCAGUAACUUCCAGGAAGACCCUUUCCAACACCCAGAUGAUCCAUAUUUCAGACAAGGCAGCCCCCCACGCUUGUUCCCAAGAGGUCGUGGCAUGCAUCCAGGACCCUCACCUUCAGCGGACCCUUUUUACACCGAAUACCCACAACCUAACCCUCCUCAACACUUCAUGCCAAGAAGACCACUGCCACCACCCCGACCUCAUCUUGAGCCACAUCACCCUGGUCCUCGACCUCUACGUAUGCCUCUCCACCCUGGGCUCCACCCACCUCCCAGGGGACCUCCACGUGCUCCAUUUCCUCCUCGCUUCCAUGGUCCCAAUGCAAUGCUAAGAGGCCAACGUCCAGGACCCCCAGGUCCCCCAAGAGGAGGAGGUAUAGGAGGAAAUCCUGGUCCGAUGUUUCCUCCAAAGAGGCCUUUUCUUCCACCACGGUACUGAGUUGAAAAGCUACCCAGAGGCAUCUGAAGUAGCAGUUGUGAGUGGAAAAAAGUGCAGAUGCUGAUGUUGGAAUCCAGAGGAGGAGGUUGUACUAAAGUAAAACUUUCAGCAGCCAAGAAAAAAGGCAAGGAGACAAGGGCGGUUUCACGAUCAACACCAUCAGAGGCUGUGAGAGGAGCUGCCGAGGUGGAGAGCAAAGAGAGAAGAUGGAAGGAAAUAAAAGGUGGAUAUAUUCAUAUAAUACACUUUUUUGUUUUAUUUGCUCCAGUAAUUGAGUAUUUAAUUGAUUAUGUAAAUUUAGCAUCAGUUUCAUAUCAGUGGCUGUGCACAUGGUGUGAAUGUGUGCAUGCAAAAAAAUAAUAAUAGCUACUCAAAAUUUUCCUCCAGGUUGGGUCAGAUGAUAGUUAUUUUUGCUAAGAGAACAGAAUCUUGUAGUUUAUGCAGACUGUGCUGUUGUUUAGUUUUUCACUGGGCAGUUAUUACUGCUCUCUUUCCUACAUCAGAAUACUGCUGUAGGUUUUUGUUAAUUUAUCAAUUUAAUUUUCCAUUUUAUUAUAAGAAGAGAAUAUCCAUGCAUUUUUACAAUCGUGCACAGCAGUAGUUAUACAGCCUAACUUUUAUGGUUAGACAUAUGAAGGGCUGGUUCAAUGUUCCUUUUGCGAAAUGUUAUGUUUGUGAAGCAGUUCUUUCUCCACGAGUGCGUAAAAUCAAUUUGGUCAAAGUUUUACGACUCGGUGAGUUUCUGGACGGAGACUGACACAAGUCAGAGGAAAGGAAGAAUGAGCGACAAAUCUCCCACUUCACCCCAGACUCCACUCGACCCAACCAUCCAACCCAGAAGAAAAAUCAAUUUUUGGAGAGGAUGAAGAUUCUCGGCUUCAGUUUAUUUUACUUGUACUGACUAAUAAAAAUAUGAGUUUAAAAAA